UUUUUCUAUAUCUGAUCCUGAUAACUCAUUUGUUUGGAGAUUUUUGAGUCAGGGUCUCACUGUAGCCAUAGACCAGUCUGACCUCGAACUUAGAUAUCCAUUAAACCAUACCAAGCUUUUUAGGUCUGCUAGCAGAGUAACCUACUGUUGCACAAGUGCCUGUAGGUGUAAAUUUUUCUCAACCUACUUUAAUAAGGAUUUAAAUUCCUGUCUAGCCUGCCAACCACCAGAGGUAGUGAAAAGAAAGGUUAUUAGGAUACAAGGGAAAUGGACCUAUUUAGAAAUAGUGUUUUGGGGCAAUUCCAGUCUUCAUUGUUCUCAGUACAGUCCACUAGCAGACACCAAACAUGAACUGGCAGCAGUCCAGUCCACUCAGCAGACAACACACACGAAUCAGCAAGGGCAGUUCAAUUCAGAAGAAAUGGCAAGGCUCACCAAUAACCAAGUCCACAGAAAGGGCAAGAAGCUGCAGGAACCUCACCAGAAGUUCUUUGGCGAGUUUCUCUCUCUGAAAUCACCACAAGCAAAGCUCAGAAACACAGUGUAAGGCAAACCAAUACAUAUGUAUUGUCAGCAAAGACAAGGGAGGUGGAGCAAGGCAAACUAAUGCUCUCAUUUCCACUGCUGUGGGGUCAUAUUUAUAUUCUUUCUAAACAUCACAUGUUCUUUUACCUGUGUCUGCUUCAGUGAAACAUUCUUUCGCCUGUGUGCCCCAAUAAGAACAUCAUUUGACAUAACUGACUUUCCAAAGAAACUAGAGGUUUUCACUUGAGAUGCCUGCUACAAUGAUGUGCAUUAUGCCUCUUUUCACUUCUCUCCUCAAGGGGAAGCAACUUGGAUGGUUUCUGUUCAGAACAGUCUGAUCACUCGCUUCUGCACAAAUGUCUUUUAUGAAUGACCCGGCCCAUCUUGGAACACUUGCUAUGAUGCAUGUCAUGUUUAAAACGAAGGUACUCCCUCCAGCCUGUGCCAGUAAAGAAGAUUCCAAAUCGGUACUUAGGCCAGCCUAGCCCAGUUACACAUCCACACCUCCUCAAACCAGGAGAGGUGACACCAGGGCUAUCUCAGGUGGAAUAUGCACUUCGAAGACAUAAACUUAUGGCUCUGGUCCACAAAGAAGCACAAGGGCACAGUGGAACAGACCACACAGUGGUGGUACUCUCUAACCCUACAUACUACAUGAGCAAUGACAUCCCUUACACAUUCCAUCAAGACAACAACUUCCUGUAUCUCUGUGGAUUCCAAGAGCCUGAUAGCAUUCUGGUCCUUCAGAGCUUCUCUGGGAAGCAGUUACCAUCCCAUAAGGCCAUGCUUUUUGUGCCUCGGAGAGAUCCUGGUCGGGAAUUGUGGGAUGGCCCUCGAUCUGGCACAGAUGGAGCAAUAGCCUUAACUGGAGUGGACGAAGCCUACCCACUGGAAGAAUUUCAACACCUGCUACCAGAACUGAGAGCUGAGACGAACAUGGUUUGGUAUGACUGGAUGAAGCCUUCUCAUGCACAACUUCACUCUGACUACAUGCAGCCUCUAACUGAAGCCAAAGCCAGGAGCAAGAACAAGGUUCGGAGUGUCCAGCAUCUGAUACAGCGCCUACGGCUAGUUAAGUCUCCUGCAGAAAUUAAAAGAAUGCAAAUUGCUGGGAAACUGACAUCAGAGGCUUUCAUAGAAACCAUGUUUGCCAGUAAAGCUCCGGUAGAUGAAGCCUUUCUUUAUGCGAAGUUUGAAUUUGAGUGCCGUGCCCGAGGUGCCAACAUCUUAGCCUACCCACCUGUGGUUGCAGGCGGUAAUCGUUCCAACACUUUGCACUAUGUGAAGAAUAAUCAGCUCAUCAAGGAUGGUGAAAUGGUGCUUCUUGAUGGAGGUUGUGAAUCUUCCUGCUAUGUGAGUGACAUCACUCGGACAUGGCCCGUCAAUGGCAGAUUCACCGCACCUCAGGCAGAGCUCUAUGAAGCUGUUCUAGAAAUCCAAAAAGCUUGUUUGACACUGUGCUCCCCUGGGAUGAGCUUGGAGAACAUCUAUAGCACGAUGCUGACACUGAUGGGACAGAAGCUCAAGGACCUGGGCAUCACAAAGACCAGCAAGGACAGCACCUUCAAGGCUGCUCGAAAAUACUGCCCUCAUCAUGUUGGCCAUUACCUCGGGAUGGAUGUCCAUGACACUCCAGACAUGCCUCGUUCACUCCCUCUGCAGCCUGGUAUGGUGAUCACAGUUGAACCAGGCAUUUAUAUUCCAGAGGAUGACAAAGAUGCCCCAGAGAAGUUUCGAGGUCUAGGAGUUCGGAUUGAGGAUGAUGUAGUGGUGACUCAGGACUCACCUCUCAUCCUCUCUGCCGAUUGUCCCAAAGAGAUGAAAGACAUUGAACAGAUCUGCAGCAGGACCUCUUGACCAGCACUGUAGCACACAUGCACCCAGGUCCAAGACUGGGUCCCUGCCUAUGCAAGUAGUCAGUGUCUCUGUGGGGAUUAGAUACAGCUGCCGUGGGGACUGCACCACCAGAUGAGCAAGGACAUGUUCAUGUUACGUAGAUGUAAGUCUGGAAUAAUCUGUUACUAGGACUUUAGUGACAUUCAUUCUGAGAAGUUAAUGAUCCAGAAAGUUUAACAUGUGGAUGUAAGGUAAGGGCUUGGUUAUAUGUACCCCUGCAUUCCAGCACACACAUUUCAACAGAAAACUCUCUUCAUCCCUUCCUGCACUUCUACUGAGAUCCACAACAUCUUAACAUCCUAAGACGGUUGUGUGAGGCCCACAUGUUUAGCUUCUCACCAACAUUUCGGUCUCUGAUAAAAGCUACCAGUUAGUGUUUAAGGUGGCCAGUACUUACUUGUCAUGGCCUCUGCCUCCUGGUCCAACAUCACACCAGGCCUCGGAGAACACAGACAUCCUGCUGUGUUUCCUUUCAGCCAGAAUAUAGCAUCACAGCCAGCCAACAAGAGUCUUGGAUCUUUCUUCCCAUUUGCUUACACAGGACCUGGAAAGUGUCUAGGUUCUUCUAGGGAAGAAAAUGAAAGAGAAAGAAAUGUGUCUAUGUUUCUCCACAAAUCCAGACCUUGAGCUCUGUUUUCUUCAAUUUAAAGAUCUUUUUCAAAUGUCCACCUUCAUGUCUUUCUUAGGUUCUUUUCUUAGACAAAAUUGUCACUAUGUGUCUCUGGUCCUUCAUAGAUUGCUGUGGUUUGUGACAGUAGCUUAUGUAGCCCAGACUGGCCUCAAACUCAAUAUAAAAUUAUUGCCGGCCUCAAAUUAUUGAUCUUCCUACACCGUGCCCAGCUCACCUUUAUAGGUAUUUGUUUGUUUAUUUGUUUAUUUUCUAACAAGGUUUCUCUGUGUAGCCCUGGCUACCCUGGAACUCAGUCUGUUGGCCUCGAACUCAGAGACCCGCCUCCUGCCUCCCUUAAAAGCAUUAUCUACUACCACUCUGUUCUUUAUAAGUUCUUAAUGAAUUGAUCCAUGUAGCUACUUGCAACCAUGUAUUGUCAAAAUCAGUGUGAUACCUCUUCUUCUCUCCCAUGCUCCAUGGUGACUCCCCUGGCCUCAAUCCUUGGGGCUAGUGAAAUUGCCUGAGAGUAGCUUCCCAGUAAACCUCCCUUUAAUUUAAAAAAGGGGGGGGGGCAUGACAAACCCAGUAUGGACAUAGUGGCUAGUGCCUGCAAUUCAGCAUUCUGGAUACAGAAUAUCGUCAUAAGGUCAGUGCCCAGACCAGCCUGGUCUACAUAACAAGUCACAAGCCACCCAUGGCGUUAUGAUGACCCUAUCUAAAAAUCAAAACAAAACAAAGAGUACUACAGUCUUGUGUUAGAUACCUGCACUACCAAUAAAAUUAAAUAUAUGGAAUGCACUCAGUAGUUGUGAAUACCAUACAAUCCACCUCUUUAAUGCUAGGGAUGGCAUGGCAAGGCAGUGGCAGAGCCAUGUUUCUUUCCCAAAAUAGAGCAUCGGGUUCAGUUGUACAACCCAGAUUGCAAGGUGAGCAGGUCAGGGCCAGAUGAAUACAAAUGGUUGAUCCAAAAGCUUCCGUGAGCUGGGCUUUUAACACUAGCACUUGAAGCAGGCAGAUCUCUGAGUUCAAGGCCAGCCUGGUCUGCAGAUAGAGUUCCAGAACAGCCAGGGAUACACAGAGGAACCCUGUCUCGAAAAUAAAAUGAGCUUAUGUGAUAGAGGGCAGCCCUAAGAGCUAGUGUGUUGACUUCUUUUACAUCUGAGUGUGUAUAGACCCAUGAUAAACAAAACAUGCCAACUGUUACAAUGUAAAUACAGUAGGUUUGUGGGAUCUGCCCCUACCUCCCAUAUUUCUGUUAGGGAAGUGGAAGCUAGAAGAUUAGCAGGCAGUCUCUGCAGUGCAGGUGGCUGACACAUCUUAAGAAUAUUUACGCCAGGCGGUGGUAGCGCACGCCUUUAAUCCCAGCACUUGGGAGGCAGAGGCAGGCAGAUUUCUGAGUUUGAGAGUUCGAGGCUAGCCUGGUCUACAGAGUGAGUUCCAGGACAGCCAGGGCUACACAGAGAAACCUUGUCUCGAAAAACCAAACCAAAAAAAAAAAGAAAAAGAAAAUUUACAGUACACCUAGAAACUACCAGGGGACAAAGGUAGUAUGAGAACUAAACAUUAGGACACAAGUGACCCUCUGCUCACCCACAAGGCCUUGUCAAUCUCUCUUGAGGGCUGUAGCAGUGGAAGCUGCCCACCCAGAGUCUGUCCUUUCUGCCUGCCAUCCAUCUUCCAGGUCUCAGACCUAACCUACUUUUUAAAGAAGGAAGAAUGAAUCCAUUACCAUGGCUUCUCACCCACCUGGCUUCUGUGCCUUCCCUUGGAGUAACUUUUUUUCUGUAAGUCAUCGUCUGUAGUUCUCACCUUUCUAGCUGAAAGUCUGGGUUGCUUUUAUAGCAGAGUGAGAGAGGAAACCAACUUCUACUUACAUUACGGUCAAGUUCUGGAGAUGUUACUGAUGGUUAGGGUGGCUUUGAUGGAAUUCUGGUGAAUUAAAUCCAUGGUCCAACCUGCUAUCCAUUGAGUCCCAGAUUAACCUUGGCAGCCAAACCUUUCAGUUUGACUAUCAGAACCAUGCCUCAGCUGCGUCAGAUGUGUGAGGCCUUGCAGGGGUUACAGGUGUACACCAGCACGUGCAAUGAGACUCACCGAGCGAGCAGGGAGUCACACAGAGUAACCUAACUAUACCUCAUGUUUCUAGAGUUAGUGGUUUGUGCAUGUAUGCUCCAGUCUUUCCUCUUAAAGUCUUUUUACCUGUUAGUUUGCUAUUUGGUGUUUGGUUUGGGUUUUGAUACAGAGUCUCUCCUGGAACUCACCAUUUAGACCAGGCUGAUCUCAUACUGAAAGAAAACCACCUGCCUCAGCCUCCCAAGGGCUGAGAUUAAAGGUGUACACCAGCACUACCACCACAGCCAGUAACUUUUUUUUUAUAAUGCUGGGAUUGAAUACAGGAGUGUUUUAGACAUGCUAAAUAAGCUCUGCACCUCUGAACUACAUCCUCGGCUCAGUUUUCUUCCCUGGGUUGGAGAGAGAUGGCUGUAUUAUUAAUAUAACCAUUUGAAUGAAGGGUACCCUAUCUGGGUACCCAGUGUCACAUGGUUUUAUGCGGUUAUUUCAGCAUCUGGUGCAUGUUUACUGUGCAAACAGACUGCACCCAGGCAUUGUAGUUCACACCUGUAACCAUAGCACUUACAAGACUGAAGCAGGAAGAUUGUUAUGAGUUCAAGACUAGCCUGGGCUACAGAUUAAGACCCUGAUUCAAAAAAAUGAAAAUAAUAAUACAGAGACUGCAAUAGAAAGUUUUGUAACAGAGUCCCAGAAUUCCCUGCCAACUCAACAGUUGGAACUGAGUUGGAACCGUCUACCAUCGCUGACUAGAGGAGAAGAGAUGAAGCCAGGACCACUUACUAAACCAGGAGGUAAUGGCACACGCCUUUAAUCCCAGCACUCAUAAGGCAGAGACAGGCAGAUCUCUGAGUUGAAGUUCUACAGCCUGGUCUACAUAGCGAGUACCAGGACAGCCAGGACUAUCUGGAAAGACUGUUUCAAAAGAAAGAAAGACGUUUAAGUGGAUGCCCAAGCUAAUGGUAUCAUAAAGAACCCUGUACAGAAGAAGGUUUUACUGCAUAGCUAAUGUUUUUAUUCUUAAUCUCCUGAAGUGGCAUCUAAGGCCCCAAACUGAGCAGAUUAUGUAAGUUGUAGACCUUAGCAGAUCUUUAAACUGAAGUGUUUUCAGAUGUUCCUGGUGCUGAAAAAGUGAUGAUGUCAUCAUGUAUAUUCAUAACACUGCAGUGGAAUCCACAUGGGAAGGGAGCUUCUUUGGCCACCAAGGAGCUUUGACUAUCAGUAUUUUAUGGGUCAGGGUUCUAGGGUCACCCCUGGACUUCAGGCCCCACAGGCCGUGUGCCCACCAGAAACCAGAAACUACAAUCUUGUUUGACAUUUCUUAACGCUUUGUAUGGCUUUUGUGCAAUUAUAUAAGUUCUGUUUGGACAAAAUACUGUUACUUUUUUAAGGCCCUAUUCAAUGAAAAUGGAUAUCUCAUUCCCAAAUAAGAGGAAUGCAUUUGUUACUGUCAUUUUUAAAAUAUACUAUAAAACAAUACA